AUGGCGGAGAUCCCGGGGCGGCCUGGCGCCCCGCCGCCGGAGGGGAGCGACGUCCCGCGGGAAGGAGGCGAUGAGGAAGCGGCGGCGGCGGCGGGGGAGCCGCAGCCCGGGGUGUCCCCCGAGCGGGCGACGGAUCCCCCGGACGGGUCCCCCGCCGGCGAGGCGCCGCGGCUGAGCGGGGAGGCGGCGGCUGGGCAGGAGCCGGCCGCGGCGGCGGUGCCCCCCGAGGGCAGCGGCGGGACGGGGAGCGGCUCCCCCGAGGGGGCGGCGGAGACCCCGGGCGGGCCGGGCGCGGGGCAGCAGGCUCCGGCGGGGGCUGAGCAGCGAGACCCCGACGGGGGCGGCCCGGGGGGCGAGGGCCUGCCAGGAGGGGAGCCGGUGGCGGCGGCCGCGGAGGUAGGGGCGCCCGAGGGCUCCGCGCCGGCGAGGGCAGACCCGGAGGACGCGGUGGUGGCCCCAACGAGGACGGAGCCCGAGGACGAGGCCAUGGCCCCGACAGGGACGGAGCCCGAAGAGGCGGAGGCGGCCCCGGCGGGGCCAGAACCGGAGGAGGCGGUGAGGGAGGUAGCCCCGACGCAGACAGACCUCGAGGAGACGGCGGCGCCAGCCCCGGCGGGGACAGAACCCGAGGAGGCGGCGGGGACAGACCCCGAAGAGGCGGUGAGGAAGGAAGCUCCGUCGGAGACUGACCCCGAAGAGGCGGAGGCGACGGCCCCGUCGGGGACAGACCCCGAAGAGGCGACGGGGACAGCCCCGGCGGGGACAGACUCCGAAGAGGCGGUGAGGAAGGAAGCUCCGUCGGAGACUGACCCCGAAGAGGCGGAGGCGACAGCCCCGUCGGGGACAGACCCCGAAGAGGCGCUAAGGCAGGCAGUCCCAGAGGGGACAGACCCCGAGGAGGCUGCGGCGACAGCUCCGGCGGGGACAGACCCCGAGGAUGCGGUACGGGAGGCAGCCCCAUCGGGGACAGACCCCGAGGAUGCGGUACGGGAGGCAGCCCCGUCGGGGACAGACCCCGAAGAGGCGGCGGCCCCGGCGGGGAGCGAGGUGGCUCCCGAGAGCCCCGGGGAAGCGGAGGUGGUGUUGCCGGCCGGCGGGGAGGCCGACGGUGGAUGCCGGUCGCCGGGCGGCCCCGACGGCGAGGAAGGAGCAGAGACGCCGGGGGCUGAGCGGGGAGCCGCUGCCCCGGCGGUGGCAGGAGCGGGGAGCGCGGCCCCGGAGGCAGGGGAAGGCGGCGCGGCGGCGGCGGGGCAGCGCGGCGGGUCCCCCGGACCCGAGGGCGGCGAGUGGGAUGCGGCAGGUCGGAGCCUGAACGGCGUGCGGGGCCGGGCAGAGGACGAGGAGGACGAGACGGGCUCGCCGGCCGCCCUGGAGGAGGAAGAGGAGGAUGAGGAGAAGCAGGAACAUGACAUCUCCCUCUUCGUCAAGGUAGGGUGUGAGGGGCUGCUGGGGAACCCGGGGUUCGCGACCCUCCCCUCCUCCAGGAGCCCCGGGCAGCUCCUGUGA